UGCGCCUCCCAUUUUUCUUGCGACCAGACCUCGGAGAUUGUGCCAAAGCUGGCCUCAACCCGCAUCCGAUCCUGUAAAAGUUGGUCCCUCGCCUCCAGCCAGGUUCAUUGGCGCAGACUGCGCAAACUGCUCCAUCUGACCCUUGCUCCAAACAGGACGUCAGCGACCCUUUUAUCCAAGAUCAUCGCUAGAGCCAGCGUCUGCCUGACUAUGGCCGCAGAGGACGGUUAUGCUCAGCCACUCUUCGAUGCUCAACUCAUUAGCCGCGUUUCAUUGCUUACUCUUCACUCUUCCUACAAACGCGGAGUGCAUUUGGUGUUUGAGUCAAACUCGCAAAGUGCAAAUAACGCGCAAUUAUUUGUUUCAAACGUGAGGGGCGCCAGCAUCUUUCGGAGCCAGGCUGCCCCGGUUCAAAGAUUAUGCCCCCGAAAUGUCGAGAUGGCCAUUCCGCCGAUCCGGCCGGCCCGCGGGUGGCGAGGCCAGCGCAGCCCGAAGGCUAACAGACCGGUGUCACGCACGACAGAGGCCCUUUUAUUGCCAUUCUCCCAUCCAGAUCUGAUCCCACCAAUAAAUGAUCGCUCCGCCACGAAGGUCCGGCCUUGUUCGAUAGCCGAAAUCGUCUUAAACCUCCUCCUGAUCCCUUUGCGCUUUUAUGGACCGUCUAGAUGUCCAAAGGGUUUAUCGCUCUCUUCCCUUCUCAAACAACCGGUGGAGCCUAGGAUUCACCGCUAG